AUGUCGAGAAACGUGGUACUAACAGUGCUCGCUACUGCUGCAGUGACCACUGCGGUGGUAGAGCUCUAUCAUAGGUACAGAGAAGUUACCACCACGAAACCACAACCGACAAAGACGCGAAAAUUUGCUUCCAGUGAAUACUCAGAAGAGCUCAUUCGUGAACAGUUGGCUCGAAACUAUGCAUUUCUCACAGAGGACGGUAUGGCUAAAGUACGAAACCAAAGGAUCAUAGUUGUUGGAGCUGGUGGUGUUGGAUCAUGGGUGGCAACAAUGCUUGCCCGAUCGGGAGUUGGUCAUUUACGAAUUAUUGAUUUUGAUCAGGUUUCUCUCAGUUCGUUGAACCGACACGCGGUGGCCACUGUUUCCGAUGUGGGGAUUUCCAAAGUUGAGUGUUUGAAGAACCAUCUAUCGAAGAUUGUGCCGUGGAUUGAGAUUGAUGUGCAGAAUAAGCUAUGGAACUUGGACCUGGCUCAAGAAUUGUUAGAUUUCAAACCAACUUAUGUCAUUGACUGUAUUGAUAAUUUUGAUACAAAGUGUGACUUGUUAACUUAUUGCCAUCAACGUGGCAUCCCCAUUGUUUCCUCUGGUGGUGCUGCUACCAAAUCGGACCCGACUAGGAUAAAUGUUGCCGAUAUAUCCAAAACUGAAGAAGAUCCAUUAUGUAAAAAGAUUCGUAUUGUGUUGAAGAAAAGAGGUAUCACCACUGGCAUCCCAUUCAUAUUCUCAGCAGAGAAACCUGACCCAAGAAAGGCGAAACUUUUGCCAUUAGCUGAAGAGGAGAUUGUCAAGGGCGAAGUUGAUCAAUUGUCGGCAUUGAAAGAUUUCCGUGUGCGUAUAUUGCCGGUAUUGGGAACCAUGCCAGGUAUGUUUGGAUUGGCCAUCGCUACGUACAUUUUGACUACAGUGUCAGGGUACCCAAUGGAACCAAUUGAAGGUAAGAACAGGUACAAAAUUUAUGAUGACAUGUUGCAAAGUUUGGCUGGUCAGCAAUUGCGCAUCGGUGAGGAAGACCAACGUGUCAAGAUUUCCAUGACUGAUGUAAAUUACAUUUUGGAGGAGGUGUUUAGAGGUAAGUCGCCAAUUUCAAACUACUCAACUAGAUUAGCUUUGAGUAAAUGGGAUCCAUCAAAGGAGAUUAGCUUGCAAAAUGUUGUGGUCAUGACUAAAGAUGAACAAAGGAAGCAUGAAAAGAGGGUUUUGAUUGGCGGGGAGAAGUUGGAAGACGUUUACCUGAAAGAAGUUCUUGAUUUGGUAAAAUCAAGGCACAAAGAUGAAGCAUAUUAUUCAAAAUUUAGAUAG